AAGUUUCAACUUUCAAUCAUGAUUUGAAUUUCAAAUUUUGCAAGUGUUUUGCAAUAAUUCUUCUUUCUAACUAGCUUAUUCAGUCUAUAAUAUUUAAGUAAAAAUUUGAGGGCAUUCUGUUUCCGUAUUUCUAAUAUAUAUAUCGUAUACAUAAUCAUUUAAGAAACAGCAACUUUAUCAUUAAAUCUGUACGUGUGAACUAGUCAUGGACAACAUCAAUAAAUCUCAGCCUGAAUCAAAUGGAAGAGUGUCUUUUGAUCCUGGUUGGAACGAUCCACCAACUCUCACAUACGACGCGCAACAGCCGACACCAAAUAAACAUCGGUUAAACAAAAGAGUUGCUUUUCCAUUAUCAAAUAAUGGCGAUAAUUUGCCCCCAGCACCUAUGAAAUUACCUCCAAUGCUAUCACCAUUAUCUCCUCCAAUAUUGCUACCUCCUGUACAAAAAACCAUAUAUGGGAGUAAAGAAGAAAAUAUUCAGGUUGAUAGUGAAAAAACAUUAAAUAAUGUAAAAGAAACAUUGUUAGAUAUUUUAAAUAAUAGUACUGAAUUGGGAACUAAAGUAGAAAGUAUAAGAAAGAAAAUAUGUGCCAUGGAAGAUAUGUGGGCAAAUGGAAAAAUAAAUGUACAGGUGCAGUUAAAAAUGCAGGAACUAACACAAGCCCUAAAGGAUGACAACCCUUCCAAGGCUGAUGAGAUCCACAAAGCCCUGAUGGUAGACCAUGUCAGUAUAGUUGGUACUUGGAUGCCGGGUGUGAAACAACUUAUCUAUCACUGCAUAGCUCGAACGGAACUAUUAGCAAUAGAUAAAGAAUAACUAUUAUAAGCUAAAAUGAUGUUAAAAUAUAUUUUUAUUGACAACUA